CACCAAGCAAAAGUAAACAGCGUCAGAUGGCGACAAGGGCUAAGUACAUUUUAUUCAACGCUGAAAGUUAUAGGUGUCACCGACAUAUUUAUGAUGACGUUUUAACCAUAUAAAAGUUGAAACCUACUCAAUAAAAUCCAGCAUAAUGGAAUACAACUCACCACAACGUCAAAAACAAGUUCGCUAGCCAAAAGCUCAAUUUGGCUAAGUGGCACCUUUUUCACGACAGUCAACAUGCGUUUACGACAGUACACCCUACUUUCAGGCAGGCACCAAAGCAAAAGUAAACAACGUCAGAUGGCGAAAAGUGGCCGGUUUCGGCUAAGUACGUUUUUUUUCAACGCUAAAACUUGUAUUUGUCAUUGCGGAUGAACUUAGGAAGGUUUAAUUAAUGUGAUAUAUUCUGCGUGACCUGUCAUUUGUAAGAUUAUUGGCAAUGGAGCGGAAACUUGCAGAGUUUAGGGCACGUCGACGGGGCGAAAAUGCUCAUAAUAAUAUGGAUCAAAUUGCUAAAUCAAACACGGACACCACGACAGCCGACAGUCCGCCUAAAAAGGUGGCAAAAGAACACUCUUUGGGCCAGGACCCUCAAAUAGAGGGUGGUAGUGACUGGCUGCUGGACAGCACCCUUGGAAGAUGGCUGGCCUCCAAAAAAUACGUAAUUUCAAGCAUCACGUUCCUCAAAGUCCUGCUCUGGCUGGUCCUGCUCGGCAUGUUUGCAGAACUGGAGUUCGGCUUGCCCUUCUUCGUGGUUUCCCUCUUCUACUGGCUGUAUGAAGGACUCCGUAGCCCUGCAGCGAGGAAACCUGGAGAAAUGAGCGCUUAUUCUGUCUUCAAUCCAGACUGCCAACCUUUGUUGGGUGCUCUUACUGCAGAGCAGCUGGAGGGAGAGAUGGGCUACAGACCCUUGGCAAACAGAUGAAAUGGGUGAAGAUUGUGCAGCGAUUGGGAGUUUUUGAUUUACAUUAAAUGUAUUAUUCACAUUGCUGUUUCAUAUUUGAAGUAAUGUGUGUUAAAUUUUCUUAAAUUAGGUUGUUAAAAUGCCAACUGAAAUGCACAACGUCCUAAUACUACAGCAACAUGAGGGAGUUGUUACA